GCCCGCCCCCCAAACCAAAGGGAAACCCUCACCACGCUUCCCGAAACUUCUCCUUUCUCCAUCCUCAACCCUACUCCCCCCUUCAUCCGCACGAACGAAGCAGCGCGAGCGAGGAGCAGACGAUCCUUCCCGACCUCGAAGCGUACCCCCCCUUCCAGCCGCAGCCAUGGCGACCGUCAUGCAGAAGAUCAAGGACAUCGAGGACGAGAUGGCAAGGACACAGAAGAAUAAAGCCACUGCUCACCAUCUUGGUCUUCUUAAGGCUAAACUUGCAAAAUUGCGGCGGGAGUUGCUCACUCCAACAUCCAAAGGUGGUGGUGGUGCAGGUGAAGGAUUUGAUGUGACGAAGAGUGGAGAUGCACGUGUUGGUUUAGUUGGCUUUCCUUCGGUUGGGAAAUCAACAUUGUUGAACAAGCUAACAGGGACAUUUUCAGAGGUUGCUUCCUACGAGUUUACAACUUUAACAUGUAUUCCUGGAGUUAUCAUGUAUAAGGGUGCUAAAAUCCAGCUUCUAGAUCUCCCAGGGAUCAUCGAAGGUGCUAAAGAUGGAAAGGGCAGAGGAAGACAGGUUAUCAGCACAGCUAGGACAUGCAAUGUUAUUUUGAUUGUUCUUGAUGCCAUAAAACCAAUAACUCACAAGCGUCUUAUUGAGAAGGAGCUUGAAGGAUUUGGCAUUAGGUUGAACAAAACACCACCCAAUUUGACUUUCAGAAGAAAGGACAAGGGUGGAAUCAACUUCACAUCAACAGUGACGAACACACAUUUGGACCUUGAUACAGUAAAAGCAAUCUGUAGCGAGUACAGGAUACAUAAUGCUGAUGUCUCCCUGAGAUAUGAUGCUACAGCAGAUGAUCUCAUAGAUGUUAUUGAAGGAAGCCGGAUUUACACUCCUUGCGUAUAUGUUGUCAACAAGAUUGAUCAGAUAACACUCGAGGAGCUGGAAAUCUUGGACAAACUUCCCCAUUACUGCCCGGUUAGUGCUCAUCUUGAAUGGAAUCUUGAUGGACUUCUGGAGAAGGUAUGGGAAUACUUGGAUUUGGUUAGGAUAUACACAAAACCUAAAGGGCUGAACCCAGAUUAUGAGGAUCCUGUUAUCGUAUCAUCUAAGAAGAAAACCGUGGAAGAUUUCUGCGACAGAAUCCACAAGGACAUGGUCAAACAAUUUAAAUACGCUCUGGUAUGGGGUUCCAGUGUGAAACAUAAGCCUCAGAGAGUUGGCAAGGAGCAUGAGCUUGACGAUGAGGACGUCGUUCAGAUCAUCAAGAAAAUAUAGGCGUAUCAUGUGGUGGAACGAAACCUGUUUUUUUCUGCAAAACUGGGAGCGUUGAGGAUUUUGUUGAGUAGUAGCCUCGCGAGAAGAGCUUGAACUCGGCCUUUGCUUGUUGGUGAGGCUCAUAUGUAAUGUUCCCUGUUCUCAGAAAAUUUGCUUUGAUCCAAAGACAAUGUGAGUCGGCAUUUACUUAUAUACAACGAGUCAUGUAGCUGUGAUGUAACUUCCUCUAACUUGGUGCCAUGUGGACUGGAGUCA